AUGGAACUGUGGCUGAAGCAUCUGCACCUCCACGACUGCCUGUUGCAAAACAUGUCCCACCCCCACCGCCGACUCGACCACCCGUGCCCUCCGCCAGCGUACGCACACCUGUAUCCGUCCGCAAGCCAACUCAAGCUCCCGUUUCGAUCGGAUCUACAUUUCGACACCGCUCCGAUGUAUUCUCCGCCAACAUACCUCCCCCUGGGCCAACGCAGUGACCACAACGCCAUCUCUGCCCUCAAUCCCCUCCGACAAAUCCUGCCGCCAAAGGACCGCAGUCAGAUAUUUCCCAUACCGGCCCGCGACUUCCCCCCAUUCUCAGCCAUAGCACCCACUGGGACACCUUCACCGAGGUCCUACAUUCAGUGCUUCCUCCUGGAUCUCCGUACCGCCGAAUCUCCCCCAGCGCCGGCCCAACUCCCGAUACAUACCCAGGCCCAGAGGCUCCAUACGAUCGAUGCUUACGCCCACCAAAUCGCCGAAAUCAACUGCUACAAGCAUGGCCGCUCCAUGCUGGAAGGUACCCCCAUCAGCAGCUUUCGUCCGCCGGCGAACAACAUGGCCAAUGGAUGGCGAAGCACGCUUACUAGCCGGCACCCUCGCCGACCUAUGGGUAGCAGCACGUCCGCUCGGCCCAUUCUGCCUUCUUCACGGCUGUCACCGACCGCCUCACGCCCGGCAUACGUUCCCCGCGCAUACCUCCAGCGAUUCAAACGCAAUAAUGCUGGGCCCUGCCUGACCUUGCGCGCAUUGCCAAGCAACAAGCCAUUCGCCGAGUCGUCAGACCACUCAGCACGUGGUGUCGGAUCCUCUGGCACCCCUCCUGUAAAACAAUGCUUGGAUCCGCGACGGCCCUCUGCGCCACCACCUUUCGACUUUUUCGCGGACGCCCUCCACGUCCCUGCCAACCCCCCUCAAGUCCAUCAGGAGGCCCACCUUCAAACUAUCUACCGCUUUUCACUUAGUCCCGUCCCCUCCACCGAAGAUAUCACUCCACCGACUUUCGUCGGUCUCCUGAGCUCCGCUGUCCUCCUUACGCUAUGCCCCGCGCAUAUCCGACAAGUUCAGUCUCGGGCAGGAGCAUGCAGCCACGGAAGCCGUGGUAUGGGCACGUGA